GUUUACAAACAGCUGUUUUCACCUAAUAUGCAAACAUAAAAAAAUAAAUUUUACAUCUCCCCUUUCUUGUGGAGCUCUAAGCCCCCUUAAAAACGUUCUACAUAGCAAUUCAACGUAUACUACAAAUUUGGCGUUUGCAGCAACAACAGCAGUAGCAUCAGGUAGACAUAUGGAUUAAUUUAGCAAAACCAAUACCACUACAUUGACGACGUGAGAUAUCUUAAAUAUAGCUGUUGGAGAUUUUCAGUCAUAAAUAUUUAUAAUUCUAAUGUGGCCAGCUAAAUGUAGUUGUGAUAAGGGUAAUGAACUCUUGCCCAUUGAGAUAUCAAAGAAAGCUGUUGAUCUUUUCGACCGGUCGAGUAUAGGCGAUCUUAGUGGUAUUGGGUUAGCCCUUGCGGCAUUUUUCAUUAUAAUUUACCAAUACGACGAAACGUAUAUAAUUGGCAUGUUAAUCAUAACCGCGACACAAGAACCACUGAUCAUUUUGAAACGCAAACCGCAAAGUCAGCGAUUAUGUUACGAAAUAGCAACGGUAUAGUUAGGACAUGCAAAUCGGUUGUAAGUGUGAAUACUAACGAAAACUAUAGGUACCGCAUUAACUUUUGAGCAAAGACUGCGCGCACGACAUUGACGUGUCAAAAAUUUACAAGCGUUUUUAACAAAUAAAACUAGACUUAGCAUAAAAUACUAUCAUGGCGAAAAUGGUUCCAGAUGUUGUCAUUUGUGGUUUCGUGAUUACGGCGCUGCUGGUGAUACACUUCUUUUCAGACAUUUUGCGCCUCUCCCUAGACGGUUACUACACACAUGCGACUCUCUCGCAGCUAGUGGAGUCGCACGCCAACAAAGAAUAUUCUUGGUUGUUGAAACUUAUGGCCAAUUGUUUUGGCUAUAGUUGUGUUUUUGUACCUGGGUAUCUUAUUUACAAAUAUGUUGGACGCACAAAAUACUUGGAGAGGAGUGAAAAAACAUGCAUUUAUACUGCGGUCAGCAUGUGCAUCACCGGUAAUCCUGGCACUGAACUCGACUACUCCGAACCUAUGGUACGUAAACCAAUGGACCCAUUGCCACCGUCAACUGGUGCACAAAAACGUACAAAAUCGCAAGAGACCUUACUGCUGUGCUGGUGCUUCAGUGGACUCAUGAUCUCUUACCUAACUUGGGGUGUGUUACAGGAGAAAAUCAUGACGCAACAAUAUUUCAAUUCCGCUGGCCAACCAUCACAUUUUAAAGACUCACAAUUUCUUGUCUUUUGCAAUCGUUUAUCGGCUUUCACAUGUGCUAUGGUCACAUUACGCAUUAAACGUCCAGCUGGUCGUCAUUGUACGCCACUCUACAAGUACUCCUUUGCAUCCUUCUCGAAUAUAAUGAGUGCAUGGUUUCAAUAUGAAGCACUCAAAUUUGUCAGCUUUCCUACACAAGUGCUGGCGAAAGCAUGUAAAAUCAUACCUGUGAUGUUGAUGGGUAAAAUCAUAUCGAAGAACAAAUACGACUGGUAUGAAUAUGUAUCAGCUAUAUUGAUAUCAUUGGGAAUGAUAUUUUUUAUGACCGGUUCGGCAAAUAGCACAAAAGCUAGCAGUGUGACCACAUUCACAGGAAUUUUCCUGCUCACAAUGUACUUAACAUGCGACAGUUUUACAGCGAAUUGGCAAGAUGAUCUAUUUAAACACUAUGAAAUGUCAUCGCUGCAAAUGAUGGCUGGUGUCAAUCUCUUCUCUACCAUAUUUACAGCGACCUCAUUGUGGGUGCAAGGCGGCUUUAUGGAUUCACUGGCUUUUGCCAGUGAGCAUCCCAAAUUCAUACUUGACGCACUCACAAUAUCCAUGUGCUCGGCUGUGGGUCAACUAUUUAUUUUUUAUACAAUAUCGGUAUUUGGUGCUGUUGUAUUUACCAUCAUCAUGACAUUACGACAGGCCUUUGCCAUAUUGCUUUCCUGCUUAAUCUACAAACACAAAAUAUCGGUGCUGGGUAUUUUCGGUAUAUUGGUUGUGUUCUUUGCCGUCUUCAUGCGUUCUUAUGGCAAACAACGCAUGAAAGCCAUACGAAAACGUGCCGAGGCGCAUAAGCCCAAAAUGGCAGCGUAGUUAGUACAAUUGCAUGAUGAACGUAAUUAAACAUUACAAUAGUUGUACUGACGCUAGUAGGUAUGCCGAUGGCAUUACUUAACAACAAUGAGAGGUGCAAGUCGGCAGAAAAAUCAAAUAGUUAACACCCCUCACAGCGAAAAGUGUUGAAAAAAACGUUCACACUGACUGCUGCGUGCGAUUUGCAAAAGCGAAUAAAAUAAUUAAAUAUUUAUAUAAAAUUGUCACUUUCUCAAAUGUAUAAAUGUCUAUCAGCUAGCAGCUUAUAUUUAUGAAAAAUGAUUUAUGCAGCAUACACACAUACAUAUAAUGUACAAAAUAUUAGUGGUAAAUGUGAAACAUUUUUAGAAAUUUUUUAUUAAUGUACAUUAAACAUACUUACAUACAUACAUUGCUUAAAUUUAAAGUUUCACGAUACUUAUGUAGAGGCAGUUAGCAAAAUACAAUUAAUUUAGUUAUUUUUUUUUAACCAAAAAAUAUUUUAUUUGCUAUUUUGACUGCAAUAAUUGUUUAUAAGCUUUUAUAUUCGCUCGAAAAGUUUGAAAAUCUGCGCAAACAUAUAUUAAGAAAUUUACGGUUGUUUGACACUGUAGCUAAAUUUUAUUUUAUUUUAGAAAGUAAAACUGUUAACAAAUUUCACAUAUGUCAUGUAUUUCUAAAUAUCUAAAUGUAAUAAAAAACAACGAUUUUAUUGUUCCUUGUUGCGAUUUCAAAACA